AUGUCUUGGCUCCCCCACGGCAGGUCAAAAACAGGCCUGCUCUUCGACGACGGUCAUGGCCAGUCGGCUACCGUGCCCGCCGUGGCUGCAUACCGCGGCCGUCUCUGGUGCAUAUGGACCGACCUCGACGGCCAGCUCUGGUACUCGCAAACCGGUGGCAGCGGCAACGAGGAGCAGUUUGGCCGUCCUGUGCUGUUCGCCGAGACGGGCUUGCCGGUGAUGGCUAACCUCAAUGGUGUGCUGCACAUGGUGAUUGUGCAGCCUGGGUCUGGUCUAAUGACGCACUUCAUCCAUGACGAUGACGAUGCAAGUGUCGCCUGGGCGAACCUCGGCCCGCUAGACGCCGACGCGGGACUCGUGGCGCACUCGACACCUGCUAUUAUUGCGUUCCACAACAAGAUCUUCCUCGUUUUUCUGCGUGACGGCCAGUUGUACUACACGAUCUGGUCGGCUCUUGGCCCUGGCGCGCGGCAGUGGACGGUGCCACAGCUGGCGGCUGGUCCCGAACAGCGGUUUCGAGGCAUCCCGGCCCUGUUUGUCUUUGAGGGCGUCUUGCAUGUCCUUUGCGGUGCCGACACGGAGGAACGCCACAUCAUCGGCUUCCGUUACGACUACAUUGGCCAGACAUGGACACAGACGGACGAUGUGUCCGAGGGCCGUGCAGCGACGGGUGUCAGCGCCGUGUCCUUUGGUAGCAAUGCCUACCUGGGCAUCAUCGAGUCAGGGCCGAGUGAUGAGACGCAUGCUGUGUAUGUGGCCGCGUUCAACGACGGCGUCUGGGCGCCGCACGAGCCUGUCGCCGACACGACAGCUGCCGACCCGCCGCAGAUCACCAUUCUCAACGGUCGCGUGCACUGCAUAUUCAAUGACAACACCAAGACGCGCGACCUGCGGUGGUACUCGCGCCCCGUGCUACAGUACUCGCUGACGUCGUGGAUGGCUGGCCUUCCUGACGAUCAGCCCGUAUCCAAUUUCACUAUACCGGGCACGCACGAUAGCUGUGCACGCAGCAACAUCCCUUUUGUCCGCACGCAAUACCUUUCCAUCAGCCAGCAGUUGGCUCUAGGUAUCCGCUUCUUCGACUUGCGACUGCGUCGCCAUAAGGAUGGCCAGCUUUACUGUUACCACGGAGGCAUCCCCAUCGACUACCCAAAAUACCUGUCGUUUGAGUCGGUGAUGAAUGCCAUAUGGUCCUUCAUGUCGCCUGGAGCCAAUCCUGAGGAUGCUUCGGAUGUGCCUCCGCUGACUGAGACGGUGCUCGUUUCCAUCAACAACGACGACCACUCGAAGGAGCAAACCGACAAUCCGGCUGUUUUUUACAGCUCUGUGUCGGAUGCGAUUGCCUCGACACCACCGUGGCCCAACGGACAGCAUCGCUGGUACACGGAGCCGUUGACCCCAAAACUCGGUGAUGUUCGGGGCAAGGCUGUGCUUCUGCGGCGGUACGCAGGUGACCCGGCCAUCCAACCAACUGCGCGGCAGGGCAUGGAUCUCUCGGCCUGGCUGGACGAUAACCCAGACUUUACCAUUGUGACACCGACGCAAAUUCGCAUACGUCUGCAAGACAAGUGGAAGUUUGCGUACCGCAUUGCCCUCCACGACCUGAUUGCAUCCAAGGGCGAAUUUGUGCAGAAGAUGAUGGAGAAUGCGAGCAGCGGCAGCGCAGACACCGACGAGCCGCACGACUGGUACAUCAAUUUUUGUUCGGCAGUUGGCGACCCGGCUGAGCACGGCGAGAUCGCAGAGGCCAAAUGGAUCGCGGUCGGCGCUCACAGCCAGUUUAUCGGCAAAUGGGUGCCCGGAAUGAACGUGCUGUCCAAUGAGUACUUGCAGAAGAACUACGGCGCGACCAAAGGUCGGGCGCGCUUGGGCAUCGUCAACCUCGACUAUCCAGAGCUGCCUGAGUCGAACAAUGUUGUGGCCCGGCUGAUCGAGUCGAAUUUCUGA